GUUUAGCCAGUGCACGUUUGGAAGUGAUGGUGUGAGGACGUACCGCGACCUUCUCUGGAUUACUGCCACACAAAGUAUUGCUUUUUUAUCCAUAUCACCGACGCCACCAUGAGGAUUUACCUGAUCAUCGGAUGUAUAGCCUUGAUAGGGCCCGUCUCGCAGCACAAGGUGUUGGCGACGACGGACGAGGACCUCUACCUGGCCGACGUGGGUUCUGGAGACGGGGCCGAGUUAGAAGACGGUUCAGAACUACCUCACACCGACCACGAAGGUUCUGGAUUCGGCAACAAGGACCGCCCCUACGACGCCUCCUACGACACCUAUGACAACGAUGACACGGAGGAUGAUGACUACGACAAAGAAUACUUUUCACCAAAGUACAACGCGCCUGGUACCGACGAAAGACACGAAGGAUCCGGAGGUGGUGGUAUGUACAUCGACCCAGACAGUGACUCUGGCACUGAGAAGGACGAACACGAGGAUAUUAUACACGACACUAUUAAGAACGAUAUAGAGGAAGUGAGUGAGGAGAUCACUAUUGAAGAGAAGCCCACAGUGGAAGAACUGCCACAGACUACUCCGCCACCGACCCUCACUGACGACAUCAUGGACAGCCCCAUCCAGAUCCACACCACCAAGACAGAUGACCGGCAGGUGUCAAUCUUUGCUCAGCCUGGCAUCUUGGCUGCAUUUAUUGGCGGUGCAGUUGUGGGGCUCCUGUGUGCCAUCUUGCUGGUGAUGUUCAUUGUUUACCGUAUGAGGAAGAAGGAUGAAGGUUCAUAUCCCCUGGAUGAACCCAAGCGCAUGCCACUCACCUCGUCCUAUUCUCCCAAUGAUAAGGAGAUCUAUGCCUAAACACAUUCCUCGCCCAGAGUAUCAACUGGAGCAGGGAGGGGAGCUUUGUCCCCACCCAAGAGCCAACUGGAAGAUGAAAACGAUGUCGAUGGUACAUCCCAACACCACCACACCCACCGUACCACUACUGUGUAUGGCAGGGAUGAGGGAACUAAUAGCAUCCCAACCCCUACCAUGUAGGGGACCUUAUUAGGACAAAAUGAGUUCAGAAUUUUUUAUUUAUUAUAUAUAUCAAAAUUCUCUUCCCUCAAAUUCCCUAUCCUCCAGUAUUUUGAGGGAGCUAUAUUUGGGAUGCAUGUUAACUUCAUUUUCUUAAAUAUCAUGGAAUUGGUUAUAUAGGAUCUUGAUUGUUCAGUUACUUUGUUUUUAAUUUAUCAUUUAUAUCAUGAUAAAUUAUUCCUUGGAAAAUAUGAGCAUUUAUUAAUAAGAAUAAACAAGAUUCUGGUUAACCAAAGCCUUAAUUAUGAAUGCAUUGCACUAUUUUGGGACCCAAAGAGUUAACAAUAACAUCAUAUCAACACAAGUAUUUUGAUGCUGUUUAUUGUAACAACUGACCCAUGAGGUGAAGUUCAGUUGUUAAUAUCACAUUUUUCUUAGUUGUCACUUCAUCAGUAAAGAGUUCACAGAUCAUUCAUGUGCCAGUCUUGCUGGCUUCUUGAAAGCUCAAAAAACAGGGUAGGAAACUAGGCUUAUUUUAGGUUUGUUCAGUAAAACUUUAAUUUGGAAACUGAGAUGUGAAGGAUGUGUUCUAAAGUUUGAGCUACAAUACUUUCCUUUGGGGCCACUUUUUAUAUUGGAGAUGUGUUGUUUUUAUAAUUCUUUAUCAUGUUUUAAUUCAUUUUGCCAAGAGAUCUCUUGAUCGGCUUUUUAAAAAUAAAAUUUAGUUCCACGAAAUGCACAUUUCUGUACCAAAUUUUUAUACUGUGAUUUUUUUGUGAUUAUAGUAAAUUCUUGGGUUGCUAAGAGGGGCUAUACUGAGUGCAUUUUUUUUUUUAAGCUUUGUAUUUUAUUUGAGAUCAAGAGCAGCACCUUAAUCCUAUUUAUUUUGUUUCAGCCUUAUUUACUCAUGCUUUAAAGAAUAAUAUUUUGUAUUUAGAAAAUGUAAUAUGGGAAUUCAAUUUAUUCUUAAUAUUUAUGUUUGAACAAAAAGUGCGCCUUGCUUAUGGUUCUUUUUCAGCUUUAUCAUUGUCAUCAUCAUCAUCCUCAUCAUUUAGGACUAAAGAUCCUGUUCAUUAUGCAAUAAAGUAAAAUUAAUGGAUAAUUACCCAAGGAUACUAUUUUAUCUCCAGUAUAAAACUGUGGUUAUUUCAACGCUAAUUUGAGUGUGAUUUAUUUUAAUAUAAAGUUCUUUCUUUCCUUAAUAGGCAUUUGCAAUAUAUGGUGUUAGAGAAUGGGUCUUAUUGAGGGAAAUUCCUGCCUUACUGUAAUAUUUUACUCUUUGAAUGUGAUGCUCUUGACCAGUCAUAUAUAUUUUAUGACUUAAAGGUUAGAAACAAAAUAUUUUGUGAGAUUGUGCAAGUUUUUUUUAAUAUUUGAUAUUACUUUCUAUAUUAUAUAAAUAGUCAACACCUUCAUUUAUCAUUUUUAAUGAGCACAGUAGUAGUUAUGUUGACGAGGAUUGUUGUUGUGCUAGGGUUGCCUGGCUUAUCUCUUACCUUAGGUAGAGGCCGCAUUGCUGGACUCCGGUACCAUGCACGGCAUGUCUGGCAUGAUGGGCCUAGAGAUUGACACUGUCCAAGAUCAGCCAGGGUGUGAUGAUUAUGUAGGCUUGUGGGCUGCUGGCAGCAACAGACUCGUUGAUUAGGCAGUCAACAAGAAGUCUGGCUUUUGGCUAGGCUGUGAGUGUAAAACAACCCUUGAAAUCGGUCACAGGUAUGGCUAGUAUGGGUGUCCACAUCAUAUACACUAAGUGGGGGUUGGUUAGUAUUGUUCCUGGGCACUCCUAGCUUACCUUCUCUCAUAGUGGACCAGGCUUGCCUUGCUUCACUAGUUUUGUGGUCCAUCUACCUGGCUCGAGUGAUAUACUCAGAUGGCCUAGAUAACCUAGGUAGUUUUAUAUAAAGAACUUUCUUAUUUGAGAAUAUUUAAUGUAAUUGUGGCUUUGGAUUGGGUAUUUGUGCUCAUUUGUAAUAGAAACAAAUAGGGAUGUGAAAAUGAAAAGAAUAAUUUCAUUUAAUAUGUUAUGUGCUUUAUUUACUCUUAGGAUAAUCAAACUCACAUUCUUGCAUUAGUUUUAUGAAUAAAUAAAAACAAGGGAAAAGAUUCAAAGUGGGAUGGGAAUGUCACAAAAAUAAACACACAAGCAAUAACAGUAAAUUAAUGGUCUGGAGCCACACAUAAACAGCUCAGCAUUGACCCAUGGUUAGCUGUCUCACAAUGUCCUGAUAUUGCUGCACUCUACAUGCUCCAUCUGCAGUAACAGGUUGGACAGAAAAAAAAAUCUUUCCUCAUCACUGGACGAAUGGUUUGUCCGAUGAAAGGUUUAACACUCGACUUGUUCUGUUGGAAAUUAAACUUAGCAUCAGUGGUAUUAGAGAUCAUAAGCUGGAUUACUUUAUUGGCGGAUAUUUGUUUAAGAUGCAGUGUAAAGGGGUUUCAAUAUAUUUUUAUAAUUUGAUUGGAGAAUCAGUUGUUGAAUUUUAAUAGUGCAACAUUGUUUUGAGUUUAGAUUGUGUUUAUUCAAUUACAUCAUAAAAAGCUUC